AAACUGUACCAUAGUAUUAAUUAAAAAUCUAAAAAACCGGAAAACUCAAAACCGAAAUCAAUGAACCAGCCAAAAGGAGGGGUAUCAUCGUCUAAUAUCUGAAACGACAACGUUUUGAGUGGUCUUCGCCGAUUGAUAUAGUUGGGGUCACUCGGAGUCUGUUUUUGGAUUUGACACAAAACGCAAUGAGCUUAGCUUCAGUUAUCCACCACGGAAUUCUCCCUCCGGCCAAAUCGGAUCGAAUCUUUCUUACCAUUCCGGUGUUCCCGCCGGAUUUCAGAGCUCGUGGAUGGACUAAGUCUCCUUUCUCUCUCCUUAUAAAUCCCUCUCUUGCUUCAGCUGCCAAUCGUCGUCUCUCUCAUCUUCCUCCUAUCGCGUGUUCCAGAGGUAUUGAUCAGGAAGAUGAAGAGAAGGAGAGCAGAGAACUUCUACCACACAAAAACGAUGAGAAUGCAACCACUUCACGCUCUUCUUCAUCAGUAGAUAGUGGAGGCCUGAAAGAUUAUCAACAAGAAGAAACUUACAAAACUUCCUUCAAGACUGUUGCCUUGUGUGUUGGCACUGCGGUGGCAUUUGGAAUUGGAAUAGGUUUGAAGGAAGGUGUUGGCAAGGCUUCAGAGUUUUUCGCAGGCUACAUAUUGGAGCAAAGCUUGUCAGUGGACAACUUGUUUGUUUUUGUUCUUGUUUUCAAGUAUUUCAAAGUGCCACUCAUGUAUCAGAAUAAGGUACUUACCUACGGUAUAGCUGGUGCAAUUGUUUUCCGUUUCACGCUCAUUUUACUAGGAACAGCUACUCUUCAGAAAUUUGAAGCAGUCAACCUACUGCUUGCUGCUGUACUCUUAUAUUCGUCAUUCAAGUUAUUUGCAAGUGAAGAAGAUGAUACAGAUCUAUCGGACAACUUCAUUGUAAAGACAUGCCAGAGAUUUAUUCCUGUCACAUCAAGUUACGAUGGAAAUCGAUUUUUCACAAAGCAUGAUGGCAUUUUGAAAGCCACACCAUUGCUACUUACAGUAGCAGUGAUCGAGCUCAGUGACAUAGCAUUUGCGGUUGACUCAAUACCAGCUGUUUUUGGCGUCACAAGGGAUCCUUUUAUUGUCUUGACUUCUAAUCUCUUUGCAAUCCUAGGACUAAGGUCUCUCUAUACACUGAUUUCUGAAGGAAUGGACGAGCUGGAAUACUUGCAGCCAUCAAUAGCAGUUGUUCUUGGCUUCAUAGGAGUCAAGAUGAUCCUUGAUUUCUUUGGCUUCCACAUAUCAACAGAGGCAUCACUUGGUGUCGUUGCACUUUCUCUCAGUACCGGAGUACUGUUGAGCCUAACAAACAAAUCCAGCGACAGCUAACUAAGAACUGAGAGCUGACUACUGAGAAACAGAAUCCAGAUGUAUCCAACCACACAGUUCAUAAGAAUAAUAUCGCAUUGUUCAUCAAAGCAUUUCGCUGAUGUGUUACUGUAGAUAAAACACACAGAAAGGGCAUUCUUUCCAAGACUCGUAUUCUACUUUUUGUUUUGUCGUUAAAAAAGCAGCAAAGAACAAGACACUUUAAAUCUAUUUGUCUGGAAGACAUGUGGUUGAGCCCCAUGAUUGCUUUGAGACGAGUAGAACUGUCUUUGAUCGUCAAGUCAUCCCAUGUGCCGCUUGGUGCUCAUCUUAUAAGAUUAUUCCUUUGGAC